UUGUGUCAUGGAUCUGCAGCAGCAAUUGGGGCGGGCUUUAGAGCAACGGGACUCGCGAGGAUUCGAAGAGGCCUUAAGUUUAGGCGCCAAUCCUAAUGAGCACGAUGAUCGUGGAAUAAGCAUCUACGAGAAAUCGCUGUCUAGCGCCGGUUGUGCAGAAUUUAUCAGGCUCUGCCUACGGUCCGGAUGCAGUGUACUAUAUAUGAACCAGCAAAAGCAGAAGGCAGCCAUUAACUAUGCUGUUGAUUCCACAGACAGUGAGCAUGUGAAAGUUCUACUGGAGCAUCAGGGAGUUCCGGUGAAUCACAAAUACAAUGAUCUGACGCCACUAAAUGCCUUGGCGAGAAACUUAAGCAGGGAGAAUGCCAGCCGGACAAUCGAAUGUAUAAGAGAGCUCCUAAUGUACGGAGCCUCGCCCAACAUUCCGGACGAUAACGACAUGACUCCGCUGCACCGUAUUCUGCUGAACAGACAGAUCGAGCACCAAGAGAAGGAGACAAUGGUCAAUUUGUUUCUCAACGUAGUUGACAUAGACAUUGACAGCAGCUGCGAUGGGGAAGUGCGGCAGGAGCUGCAGGAACAGAUGCCCCAUCUGGUGCUGCCCCCAGUACGUGAUAAGAGUCGUGAUUUGACUUCCGGCAGGAAUGAAGAUAUCCGCGGGCAGCUUCUUCGUGAAGUGCGCAAUGACAAUGUGGAGCGGUGCCAACAAUUGUUGUCCAGGUAUCAGGGCAAUAAAUUUGAGUUUCUUGAGGAAUGCAACAUAUGCAGGAGUCACGCCGUGUUCGACAGCCUUCUACAAACAGACAUUGAUAUUAACGAGAAAUCGAAAGUAUAUGAGAGGACAAUUGUUGAGAUUGCCAUAGCAUACGGCAAUUUUUAUUGUCUCGCCAAGCUGCUGCAGCACGAGAAGCUGCGGCUGUCUCCAAAUCUGGAGCUGCUGCAUCAGCUCAUUGGCAGACUCGAUGAGCGAUCCGAAUAUACCAGCUGCGACUAUGUGGAGUGCUUUAAGCUGAUUCUGGAUAGCAGCCAAGUGAACGUCAAUGAAGCGGAUAAAAGUGGCAGGACACCGCUCCACUAUGCUAUACUAUAUAACAAUGAGUUCGCCAUAAGGGCAUUGCUCCACCAUGGGGCCUACCUGGGCGCAAAGAGCAUGUCCAAGGACAUUGCCAUACAGGGCAUCGGGCCGGAGCUACUGGAGCAUCAUUUUGAUGAGUGCAUAAAAGUCAACGAAAUGAGUCGGGCCGAUAAAUAUUUUACAAUUGUUUUGGACUACACUAAUCUAAAGCUGCCAAACGAUAUGAGAUCGAAUAUAAAGCACUAUGAACUGGAGAGUAUCGUCGCAAUGGGUGAAUCAAGGAAGCUUCGUCAUUUACUCAAUCACCCGCUAAUCAGGACAUAUAUUACGGUUAUGUGGCAGAACAUAUCUUUUCUAUUUCACUUUUAUUUUUUUGCUUCCUUUAUAUUUAAUAUUCUCGCAAUAGCCAACAUAUUGGUACAUUUUCGUAAUAGCAUGCAAGAUAGUCCUAACGUAUUCUUCUUGGUUCUACUCUCUCGGAUAGGUAUCGGAUAUUUUGUGGUCUGUGAGCUGAUCAAUUCGUUUUUGGGUAUCGUAUUUUGGACGACUGGCCGAUUUUUGAAUGUUGCACACAUCGUGAUGUUAGUCGUUAGCGACAUUGUGCAAAGUAAUCCUCCGACAUAUAAUGCACGUGUUUUUGCGGCAUACACAAUUCUUUUGAUAGGCCUGAGACUAACUAAGCUUCUGGGCUAUCUGCCAUACUUUUCCCUGUCCACGCACGUACUGAUGCUCAAAAGGGUAUCCUUAAGCUUUUUAAAGAGCUGCAUAACAUACUCCAUUUUGAUCAUAUCCUUUGGACUAUGUUUCUAUAUACUGAACUUCCAUAAUUUGUCGGACAAAAAUGUCCUUGAAGCCAUCUUCAAGACAAUUGUUAUGUCGACGGGUGAAUUUGACGAAAGCAACUUGGAUUACCAAAAGAAUAUCCUCAGUUGUGUGCUCUUCAUAGUGUUUGUUAUCGGUAUUUCGAUAGUGCUCAUGAAUUUAUUGGGCGCCUUAGCAUUUAACGAUACUCAGGCUAUAAAAUCUCAAGCUGAAGUAAAUAGUCUAAUUUGCCAGGCUAAACUGCUAAGCUGCUAUGAAGUAUUUCUCACUAAGCCCUGGCGACGCCUUGAGUCCUUGCGCAAGCUUUUACAUCGUUUACUAAGAAUCAAAAAUACUAGCAUACCACAGACGGUCUCCGUGUCCCCGAAUAAGGAGGAUAAUUUCAACGGAACUGGUAAUGUCAUAUCACAAGAGCACAACGCACAAGAUAUUCCCGCUAAUUGUGUGGAAAUGAAGCCAUUAACUCGAUUAAGCAAUCCAAAAGAUCUGUUCAAUUUGCGGUUAAGCUAUAAAAUGGUUACACCGAUGCUUCAGAUUAUUGAUCGCAAAGCAAAAGCUGAGCAAAAUUAA